CCAAGAUCUACGCAUUCUGAACAAAAGUUUGCAACAAAACCAGCAAAACUCAUUUCUUCGUCAAAUAAAUGCAGUCAAAUAAAACAAAAAACUCCCGCUUCAAUUAUUUGGACACCUAGCUGGUAUUUCGUACACUUCAAGAGAAGAUUAAAAUGCCCCCUAAAAAAGAAGCUACUCAAGAACCUAAACCUCUUAUUGGGCGUAUUGGUACAAGUCUGAAAAUUGGAAUUGUUGGACUCCCAAAUGUUGGCAAGUCUACCUUCUUCAAUGUGCUGACAAAAAGUGCAGCGCCUGCAGAGAACUUCCCAUUUUGCACCAUUGAUCCGAAUGAAAGUAAGGUAGCAGUCCCCGAUGAAAGGUUUGAUUGGCUGCUUCAAUAUUAUAAACCCUCAAGUCCCAAAAUUGAAGCUUACCUAAAUAUAGUGGAUAUUGCCGGAUUAGUAAAAGGAGCUCAUGAAGGUCAAGGUUUGGGAAAUGCAUUUCUUUCUCACAUUAGGAGCGUCGAUGCGAUUUUUCAUCUAUGCCGUACUUUUGAGAGUGAUGAAAUUACUCACGUUGAAGGGGACGUCAAUCCCGUUCGUGACAUUGAAAUCAUCAAUGAAGAACUUAGGUUGAAAGAUGAAGAAUCUCUGACGGCUGCAAUUAAAAAGGCGGAAUCUCUUAUGCGUACUGAUAAAAAGAUGAAGACAGAAUACGAUAUUCUUUGCAAAAUUAAGACUCAUCUUGUUGACCAAGCAAAACACAUUCGUUAUGGAAAUUGGAACGUGCAAGAAAUCGAUGUUCUGAACAAGCAUUUGUUUAUCACAUCUAAACCAGUUAUUUAUCUGGUUAACAUGGCAGAAGCCGAUUAUAUCCGAAAGAAGAAUAAGUGGUUACCAAAGCUCAAAGAGUGGAUUGAUACAAAUGAUCCAGGUGCCAUUAUGUUACCGUUUUCUGGGACCUUCGAAGCUAAGAUAGCUGAUAUGGAUGCCGACGCAAGUAAAGCUUUUUGCGAAGAAAAAAAAGCAAACAGUACUUUCAACAAGAUUAUUGCGCAGGGCUAUAAAUCUUUGAAUUUAAUGUACUUCUUCACCGCUGGCCCCAAUGAGGUCAAAGCUUGGACCAUUCAAAGAGGAACCAAGGCGCCACAGGCAGGUGGUCGAAUUCAUUCAGAUUUUGAAAAAGGUUUCAUUAUGGCGGAGGUAUUUAAAUUCGCGGACUUAAAAGAAGAAGGCAGUGAGGCAGCCGUUAAAGCUGCAGGGAAGUACCGACAACAAGGAAAACUUUACGUUGUAGAAGAUGGAGAUAUAAUUUUGUUCAAGUUCAAUGCUGGGGCUGGUCUCACAGCUGGAAAAGAUGCAAAAAAGAAAUGAGCCCUUUGUUCUGUUUACAUUUGUUCCCGACGUGGAAACAUGGGUGAACCAGGAAAAUAAAACCCAAAAAUGAAA